GAGUGGGAACUGCUUGUCGAUAGCGCCCAAGGGCCAGCAAUGCGAACGCACACGAGCGCCCGCAUUUGCUCUCCCCUGGUAUGACAUGUGUGUUCUGUGGUGCUGUAUUUCACGAGUAAUUAAACUUCGGUAGUGUGUCUAGCAUUCGGCUGAAAUCGAAAAAGCGGUCACGUGACAUCCCUCUGUUCACCUGAAAUCGGUCACGUGACGUUCCUCGCCUUCUGUGUGACGCGAUACUUGUGUUGACCGACAAAUUUACGAAAGCUUUAUCGAGGAUUAGAUCGCAGCUGAAUAUUUGUGACAUGCGAGACAAUAAAUAUGAUGUAAGCUGUGCUGUUAGGUUCCUAUCCAAACAGACCCUCGAAAAUCCUGACAUAUUCCGAAUAAACAGCCAAGUACUGGUGACAAGCGAGACAGUAAAUGAGAUUGCUACUCGCUUCAUUCCGAGAAAUGUAAGCUGUGCUCUUACGCUGCUGUCUAAUCACACCUUCGCAAAUCCCAACGUACUCGGCUAAAACAAGGUCAAAUAUGUGCGACAAGAAAGAAUGUAAAUGUCACUGCUGGUUAUUUCACUCGCACCAAUUUCAAAUUUUCGAUAUUUGAUCGACACGAAAUGGAAUAAACUCAUUACCGAGAGAGCACGCUCAACAUCGAAUAUCGCAGAACACACUCCUAUUACACGAAGCUGCUACUUUCUGGUCUACAACCACAGGACCACAGAGACUGUACAUAGUCUGAAAUUAUAACACUGUUUAUGUUAAAAUCUCCUUAGGACCUUUAUAGCUGUAUAUCACUGUAUAACAAAUCGUACCUAGAGUGACGUGUUUGUGACAAAUUUUCAGUGCUCCGUUUAAAACGGGAUGCUUUCACAAAUCGCAAGUUAUAAUACGGAAACAACCCAAAUACAACGAACCCAACGUGGCAUCUCAAAAGUAGUGAGAUGGAACGUCACGUGAUCGCUUUCCGAUUUCAGCCGUCAACACAAUGCCAGACGAACUUCCGAAAUUUAGACACUCGUAUGUUUCUGUUGGAGUCCAUGCCAUCUAUACGGUACGCGCCUGAACUAAGUGACAAGUGCAUUGUGGGUAUGCUGACGUCUGACAUUAAAUGUAUCUGUUACGUACGUACAGCUCACUUCACUUUUUACACUGUGUAAAGGAACUGGAAUUUUCUAAAAUUAGGUAACAGACGGUACAAUGUCAGAUCAGUGCCCAAGUAAAAAUGACAUCCAGCUGGUUUUUAAAAGAUUACGCUCAAUACCAACAAACAAGUCUUGCUUCGAUUGUGAUGCGAAGAAUCCAACGUGGGCAAGUGUUACAUACGGCGUCUUCAUAUGCAUUGAUUGUUCAGCAGUUCAUAGAAGCCUUGGCGUUCAUUUGACAUUUGUUCGAUCGACACAGUUGGAUACGAAUUGGACAUGGCUUCAAUUACGACAGAUGCAGUUAGGAGGAAAUGCAAAUGCUAUGACAUUUUUUCGCCAACAUAAUUGUACUUCGACAGAUGCGCAACAGAAAUACAAUUCACGUGCUGCCCAACUGUACAGAGAGAAGUUGCACCACUUAGCCAUUCAGGCCAUGCGACUUCAUGGAACAAAGCUAGACAUUGGUUCUACGCAAGAGGCCGCAGGAGUUUUAUCUCCCAGCAGCCAAGCGUUGCAUAUAGAUGCUACAUCGGAAUCAUCAUGUGGAGAUGAAAAGAGAGAGGAAGAUUUCUUUGCAGAACAUACCAAUAUGGAGUCUGUUCAGUAUGGUGAUCUAGAAGAGGAGCAGCCACGUGAAACUGCUAGAAGAAAUGGCAGUGCCUCUGGAGCUGCAAAUGUUAAUCGUGGUGAACCAAACGUCAAUGCCAUUCUUGCACCUGAGGGCAAUGAGAAACUCCAAGAAAGGAAAUCAACCAUUGGCGCACGUAAGCCUCAGGCUAAACGAAGCACUCUUGGUGGAAAGAAAGGUGGUCUGGGAGCACAGAAAGUAAAUGCAAAUUUUGCUGAAAUUGAAAAGGAAGCAACAAUGGCAGAUCAGCUAAAAUUGCAAGCAGCCGAAGAAGCAAAACUAAAUGCUGAGAAAGCUGCAGAAGAGGAGGAGAAGCGGAUGUUGUCAAUGCGGUUGGCGUACAAGGAUCUGAGUCUACAACAGAAGAAACAGGAGGAAAAGUUGAAACAAGUUGACCCAAAGAAGGCAGAACAGGUUGAACGUCUUGGAAUGGGCUUCACUUCACGAAUGGGGAUAAGCCAUUCUGCUGUCAGUGACAUGAAGACAAUUGAACAGGAAAAUCCGAACAUUAACUCUAGCACCACAAGCAACAAGUCUGUAUUUGACAAGGAAAGUGAUGGUUUUUUUGACGAUUUUGUUGUAUAUGGCAUGUACAAGCCAUCUAGCUCAAGUGAGAGCAGAAGUUUGGAAUCUAUGUUUCUUGAUGGGAGCUCAAGCCGUGACAGAUACAGCAACUCAAGUAGGUCUUGGCAGCCGGAAAGUAGGCAGCCGUCUUCGUCAUUUUCAGUAGUCAGUACAGAUGAGAAACCUGCUCACAGAAAGGACCCCAUCCCAGCACCAGCCUCUACAGGAGAUGAAGCUCAGAAGAAAUUUGGAAGUGCGAAAGCUAUUUCAUCAGACCAAUUUUUUGGAGACAGUCAUGACAAUAACUGGGAGCGUAAGGUAAAUCUAUCACGCUUUGAAGGUUCUUCUAGCAUUUCAUCUGCAGACUUCUUUGGUAAUGGUAAUGCAGCAAGCAGUCGCCCUUCAAGUUUCGCAGCACAAUUGCAAACACCAGAUCUAGAAGAUGUCAAAGAGAGUGUGAGACAAGGAGUAACAAAGGUUGCUGGGAAGUUGAGCUCAAUUGCAAAUGGAGUUAUGUCAUCUAUCCAGGAUCGAUACGGGUAUUAAUGGAUUGUACCAUUUUAAACAAGCACCAUGAAAGAGGCAUAGCAAAUUUUAGUCUAUGCCCCUGGAAGAGUUCAUACAAAGUGUGCCUUGAUAUUUUUACAGCCGAAUUUAUUUGAAUAAAUUUGUGUCAUUCCAUUUUGUUUUCAGAUCAUAUUUGAAAGAUAAAACUGGUGAAUGUGCAAAGAUAUUUUAUUCUUUUCCUUCUUUUUUUAAUUUUUGUUUACAUUUAAAAUGUCAAAUAUUGUACAGAUUCAGUAUGUAAAUAUUAAAAUAAAGUAGAUACUGUAGA